AUGGACUCCAAAAAAAUGAAACACGACGGAAAUCUUUGCCGUAAGCGUAAGCGGAUGCUUGAAUCUUUAGACCGUGAUAUUGAAUCACAAAUGCAGCCAUUUAAUCAAGCAGGGGGAGCCUUUCCAACUUUGCCGGAUCUGGGAAUAGAUGUUACUCCGGAAGAAGCAUCAAACUUGUUAAUAUCGAGUGCUUCUAAUGAUCCUAACCCUGAUAACAGUGAAGAUGAGUGGGAGGAUGUAGAAGAGGAAAAUAUAACGGCUGAGGACUAUGACCAAGAUGAAGAGGAUGGUCCUUAUAGCUUUGUAAACUAUUUAUCGUUAACGGAUGCACUGAGACAUGCAGCCGUAACGUAUCGGCUGUCUAGUAUUGCUGUGGGAGCCAUCUUGGCGAUAAUUAGAAAAAAUACCAACGGUAAAGUUCCGAAGGCUUCUCGAACGCUAAUGAAAACACCCUAUAAGGUUGGUAGUCAGAUCAAACAGAUCGCAAAUGGUCGAUUAUGGUAUUAUGGAAUAGAAAAAGUCAUCCUAAACUAUUUCGAGUGA